AUGAGUCAACAAGCUAUAGAGAAAGAGUGGAAGGUAGAGUCUAACUCUAUUCCUGCUGCUUCUGAUUCCUCUAGUGCUACGACGGAUCGCCCCUCCAAUCCGGAGUUUUUCUCCAAAGAAGAAAAUUUUGACUCCGGUGCUUCUGCGAUGGAGCAACCAACUGAAGAACCUGGUCAGGAUAAGCUUUCAAAGCAGGCAUCCAAGCCUGGAGAUCCUAUUCCAGAGGAUGAACGGGUAUACCUGACCGGCUUCGAGCUUGUUGCCGCGAUGGCUGCUAUUGUCCUCGUCACAUUUUUGAUGCUUCUUGAUUUGAGCAUUAUUUCUACAGCAAUUCCCACCAUCACAAACCAUUUCCACUCCCUCGCUGAUGUGGGGUGGUAUGCCAGCUCAUAUCAAAUUGCCAAUGCAUGCCUGCAGCCUCUUACAGGCAAGGUGUACACCCACUUUAACACAAAGUGGAGCUAUCUUGGCUUUUUUCUCUUAUUUGAGCUAGGCUCAUUGCUUUGUGCCAUCUCCACCUCUUCGAAGAUGCUUAUUAUCGCCCGUGCAGUAGCUGGUAUGGGUGGCUCCGGGAUGAUGAAUGGUAGUAUAACUAUCGUCGCAGCCUCGGUGCCACUCCACAAGUCUCCGGCUAUGAUCGGAAUUCUGAUGGGCCUCUCUAAUAUUGGUGUCGUUGCUGGGCCUUUGAUUGGAGGUGCCUUGACGGAAAAGGUCUCUUGGAGAUGGUGUUUCUAUAUCAACCUCCCCGUUGGAGGCUUAGUCGCAUUGAUUAUGGCUUUUAUUCGAGUUCCGGAGCCCCUGGUCAAGCCUCCUAUUAGGCAGGCCGCUGCCACGAUUCUUCAGGAGUUUGAUUUAAUUGGCUUCGCUCUUUUCACCCCAGCGGCCAUUCAACUUCUUCUCGCACUUAGCUAUGGCUCCGGGGGUAACUUCGCAUGGGGUAGUGCAACGAUCAUCGGUCUCUUCUGUGGAUCAGGCGGUACAUUCAUUGUUUUCCUACUCUGGGAGAAUCACAAAGGGGCUAAAGCAAUGGUUCCUUUGAAGAUGAUUGCGAAAAGAAAGGUCUGGUCAAGCUGUCUUCUCAUGAUGGGUCUUUCGGGGACAGUGAUUAUCUCAAGUUACUACUUGCCUAUCUACUUCCAGUCUGUCCACAAUGAUUCCCCAAUCAGGAGUGGAGUAUCCAUGUUACCCCUUAUGCUUGGGCAGGUUGUGUUCUCAGUGGUAUCUGGACUUAUGAUCGGAAGGGUAGGGUACUACAUGCCGUUUGCUAUUCUCGGAGGAGCUCUUGCCGCCAUCGGCGGUGGCCUCCUGUCCUCAAUGACACCCAGCACAUCCACCGGCAAAUGGGUUGGGUACCAACUCAUGUCAGGUGCUGGUCGUGGAUUUGCCUUUCAAGUGCCUAUUAUUGCUAUCCAAAAUUCUCUACCUUAUCAAGAAAUAUCGAUGGGGAUGGCAAUACUUGUGUUCUGUCAAACAAUGGCUGGUGCUGUCAUCAUCACCAUAGCGAACGUCAUUUUUGAUACUGGCCUUAAAUCAACCCUGGUCACAUAUGCUCCAAAUGCGAAUUCACAGGCUGUGGUCGCAGCUGGUGCGACGGGAUUUAGAUCUGUUGUGUCGGAAACAGACAUACCAGGUGUCAUCAGAGCUUAUGCGAAAUCGUUCGAUUAUACUUCCUACCUGAAUGCUGGAGUUGCAGCGGUUAUUUUCUUAUCUGCAUUCGGAACAGGCUGGGUCGAUAUUCGAAAGAAGAAGAAGCCUUUGGAGAAGGUGUAG